UGCAGAAGGUGGUGUAAUUCUGGAACGCUCGGAGUACUCACGGCACUCGGGGCUGUCUCGUAUGGAGGACUAGUUGACAGUUUCAUGGUGUCAGAGGAUGUUGGUUACUGACUGACCUACACUCAAUAACUGUAGUCACCCAUUGCACGCUACGUCAGUCACGUCUGCACCAUGCAGGGCUUCCGAUCCCCGGCCGCAGGAGCCAUGCCCCAGUUUGCAGUGCUGCCCUACAGAUCCAAUCUGAUGCCCACCGGCUACCCCCAGUAUGUGGGAGCCGGUGCCGGCGCCGGGGCUGCCCAGCCCCUGGGGCUGCAGCCUUUGUCAGGUCACCUCCACCAGCAGGCGGCGCAUCCGGGAUAUCUGUCCGGGUCCGGGCUUUUUAUGUCUCAGCUGAAGUACAACGCCAUGCUGAAUGAACUCCACCGCCACAGGGAGCAGUCGCAGAAGCCCCCUUACUCUUAUAUAGCCCUCAUCAGCAUGGCCAUCAAGGCGUCGCCUGGGCGCCGAGCUACCCUGAACGACAUCUACAACUUCAUAAUGGAACGCUUUCCGUACUACCUCGAUAACAAGCAGGGAUGGCAGAACUCCAUCAGACACAACUUGAGCCUAAACCACUGCUUCAUUAAGGUCCCUAGAGACAAAGGCACCCCAGGUAAAGGCAACUACUGGACCAUGGACCCCAACUGUGACGAACUGUUUGAGGAAGGGAAUUACAGACGACGAAAAAGGCGUGUCAAAAUACAGAAUAGGGCCAUCACUGGCUCAUCAGGAGGAAACGCCUCUGGCUGCGGAAGUGUGGAAUCUUCCGACACGAGAGAAGGCGGCGAGAGUGAUACCGAGAACUCUGGCCACGCUGUUCCUAUGCAGCGAUUGGAUAGCGAUGACCACCUCGUGGAUAAAAGUCACGACGACCACUUGGCGACCAAAGGUCACGAUGACCACCGAUCGCCCUACGACUCGUCUAGUUUGCUGUGGAUGAGGCAGGAAAGCAGAGCCUGCUUCGUAAAAAACGAAGACGCCCCUGACCGCUAUUCAAGAGACUAUUCAGAGGAUUCAAUGUGUUUUGGUAAGAAAACAUCGAGCGGAGCUUCGUCGUCUUUUUCAUGGUCCCCGUCAGAGGCGGAUCUUUUUCCCUCCUCCAAAAAGAGUCACGAUCAACAGGCGAACCGGGCGACCCACAACUCUCAACCACUCCAGCGUGCUGUAGAUCUAAGCCGCGGAAAAGGCGAUGGUUCCUCAAGCACGGGCGUGGUCGCAAUGGAGGACACAACCUAUGACUCUAGGGCGACUGCCAGGCACAGUAAUCUUCAGCCUGAUGCCCUAACUCCUAGAGAAACUGUUCAUCCAAGGAUUAAGGAGGAAGUUAUUGCUGAGAAGUUUUCUGAAUAUCUGUCUGAAAAUGAGGACAAUGUUAAUCGCGUUCAGGAAACCGGAAGCGGAGAUAAAUGUCCGGAUAAGGACAUUUCCGAAAGACACGACUCACUCAUGAACAUAUCCAGUGACGCUGCAAACGAAUCGAUCCAAGAUUCUAGCAAAGAACAUAUGUACAAAAAACUUCGAUUGUCUUUCGGUAUUGAUCGGCUGAUCGGGAAAGAGGGCAACUCCAACCUGGUCAAAGAUCAGUUUAACCUCGGCCAGGUUUUUCCCGUCACGGCCUUUGGAGGAUAUUAUUCUAAAAUUUUUAGGUCUGACCAUUUUAACCCAGAAGACCAAUCGUUGACGUCUGAGACACAACUAGCAACGUCUGACACCAGCUUCUACCAGAAGGGGGAGAAACGGAAACGAGACGUUUUUGAGGGAAUUCCCAAUCCUCCUCCGAAAGUUGUCGAUCUGAAGACGAAGAAUUACGACUCUUUUCCUUUGUCUUUGUUUCCGGGAUAUUUCACAGGAAGUGGAAGUCUCCCGUUAACGUCCAACGCAGUUCUGGGUUUUCCCAAUGAUCACUCGGCUUCCUUGGAUACAAUGGCGGCUUCGCUUGACAGCAUGUUGAUGUACAGGCACUCGCUAUUCGGCUCCCACGUCGGGCUGACAUCUCAUGAUCCGCACAGACUGGAUAGCUUACAGCAAAUGGCGAGACCCCCAGGAUUUCCAUAUGUAUUUAUGUAAAAUAGUAUUCAACAUUAUAAUGGAUACAAACAGUAUAAUCUUUUUGAUAAAGGAAUUAAUAUAUUAAGAAAGCGUUUUAUUUAUGUGUAUAUAUCUAUAAACAGAGGCGUAGCUACGGUAGGGUAGGGAGGGGGAGAAUAUGGAAAUCCCCCCGGACCCCCACUUGAGGGGGGCCAAAAAUGAGUGUUUUUUUUCAUUAAGUAUUAAAUAUUACGCAAAAUGCGGGGGCCCCCAAAGAGGUUAAGCCCACGGGCCCCCAUAUGAUGGCAAAUUACUAGCUACGCCAUCGUAUAUAUAUAUAUGAAUGAAAUUUAAAAUUGUAUAAAAAUAUUUAAAUUUGGAGCCUUCAUGUUUGUGUGCGUGUUUGUGAGUGAGCUUUUUGUUGCAACUUUUUAUACACUGCUGCUGUGUUAUUUUGAUUUUAAGCAUUGACAUAAAGAAAGUCAAAUAUAUUUGAUAAAUAAA